UGGCGCCUUGGAAAUCAACCUCCCAUUCUUCACUUUGCUUCUCCAAUCGCACUCGCAGUGCUCAUUCUCACUGUGUUGCUAUGGCAUCACCAUCACCCACCGAAGCUUCUCUCAUCUCGAAGCUUCAAUCCUCCGAUUCCACCGGCAUCCACGCCCUCGUCUCCGAUUACCUCCGUCCCUUCUCAGAUCUCAACAACUCCAACUCCAACCAAACCCUAAUUCGUUCACUCGCCAAGCGUUUUCUCCCAUUUCUCAACACCUCCUUAUCCAUUCUCCCCAAACGCCUCCCUCGCAUUUCCACCAACCUCAUCGACGAGUUCUUCCUCGUUUACAGCCUCUGCUUGGAUUGCUUGGACGUCGUCUCUUCUCAGUUGGCUUCCAAGCCCUUCCAGGUCCACUUUCAGAGGCUUCGCUUCAUCCACUGCUCCGAGGACUGUAGCCGCCUCCGCCACGCCGAGGCUGAGUGCUUGUCGGUUUUAGAUAAGCUCCGGUCUGUCAAGAGGAAGGGUAAGAUUCUUCCCGAAAUUGAUAAGGAUGGUGGGGAUGAUAAGGACUUGUGCUCGUUGGUCGUACAGAUUGUUGUGAGCAUGGUCAGGUGUGCAGCCGCGGACCCGGGUGAAGAUGACGGGCAAUUCAGGAGGGUACUUCAAUUGGUGGAGGAAGUGAGGCCAUGGCUCAGAGGGUUAGAUUCGAAUUCUUAUGAGAAUCUGCAUAAGACUUUAGUCAUUCACUUGGGUAAAUGUGCUUUAAGUUUCUUGGGGAAGACAACAUUUUCCGAUAGAGAUUUGGUGGUUACGUUCUGCUGUACGACAUUGACCGAGUAUGUGAAAUCUUCAGUUAAAGAUCAAGUCUUUAAGAUUGCCCGUAGGAUAUGCUCUUCGUUCUUUACACAGCAGGAAAAUAAAUCCUUGUAUAUCAUGGAUAUACUGGAUUGUGUUAUGCGUGAGUGCAAGGUUGAAGAGGGGAAUACUGGAACAGAGUUUGUUGAACUUGUAUAUUAUUGUGUCAAUAAAUGUCAGACUGCAAAUCCAAUUUUUUGUUGUAAAUUUGCAGAAUAUCUGAACAAAAUAGCAGAGCAUUUUAAACAGGCUAUGGCACCAAUUAAUUCAAUACUGAGCCUUUACUCUGCCGGGCUGGUCAUCAUUAGCUAUGACCAGAAAUCCAGGGCUGAAGAUCCUAGCAGUGGAAGAUUUAAAUACUUGCUGGGAACGUUACUUGAGAACGAGCAAGUACUACAGCAUUCUCCACCUUCUGAUUGUGGGGCUUACCUUUCGUUGUACGUAGAGGCGUUGAAAUUUAUUUGUGAACCUCUUGCUAAGUCCAUUAACUCAGAAAGGAAACAGCUGGUGGUGGACAAGGAUGAUUUUUCUGCUAAGACUAUGCUGUCCACUGUCCAAGAUGCUUUUCACACCCUUUGUCAACUUACUCUUUCUAGUCCAAGUUUUACAUCUGCAAAAAAUGGUGAUGGAUUUGAUGAAAAGAGUAGAACAGUGCUCAAUGUAUCUUUGGCAGCUUUCACCCUUUCCAUCAGAAGCAAUCUUAAACUCCAGGAGAGCACACAGUUGGUUAAGCUAAUAAUCGCCAGCAAAUGGAUUGAAACAGAAAGAUUGAAAUACAUAAUUGCUAGUCUCUAUAAUAUUGCUGUAGUUUUGUACAGAAACAAGCAACCAAAGGAGGCUUCAAAGGUUCUAAACUUGUGUUGUAAAGCAUCAUGGCUCUGUAUUAAAUGUCAUUGCGGCGAUCUGUCGGAAAGUGCUUUGAAAGAGUGUGUAAUGGAUGCUUGCACAAAAAGUGCUCUACUUUUAGAUAUUCUCAAUGACAUCAACAGUCUUAAGAUAAGAAAGAAAAUGAUUGAGAUCCUUAAGAACUGGUCCACUGCUAAUGAUCUGUUUGAGAGGCUUCCAGCUCCUAUACCUGUAGUGAAGAAGUGGGUUAAGAUAGAAUGUAGACGUGCAAAGAUUGUGGAUGAGAGUGUUGAUUCUCCCACCUUAUACUGUCUGCUGUCUUCUUCUACAGAAUUGUCAAAGAGGAACAUUGGCAUGAUAUUGGAGCAGGAACUUACUGCAUAUGAGGAAAUGAGUCUUGAAUACCCAGAAUUAUGUCAGAAAAAGCAAAUAAAAAUCACGGGUAUUCUCCUGCAAGAUAUAUAUAUCACUCCAGAUAGUUGUUUUCAAAAGGCACAAGCUCUAGUUAGAAAGGGAAAGGCAUUAAGGUUUUGUGGUGUAGCUGGUGCCAGGGGAUGCAUCCAGUGUCUGUCAGAAGCAAUAACUAUUAUGAAGGAGAUUUCUAGUCAGACGAGUACCAAUGUGAAUCCCAUUUAUCAUCAGUUGUCUGUAGCAUACUGCCUACGUGCACUAUGCACCCAGGAAGCUGAACCUGAUUCAAAGCAAAUCUUCGAAGAUGUCAAGGCUGCUUUGGAUCUAUGGUUGAGCAUUUCUUAUCUGGAUUGUUUUGAAGAGGGGGAAUGUUGUGUGUUGUCUGACAGUACAAUGAUUCUACUCUACAACAUAAUCGAUUUAUUACAACUAAAGGGUUUCAUGGAACUCACCAAUGAUGCAAAUCAGCUGGUGAUUAGAAUGUUUAAGUCAAGGAAUGUCUCAAUUGAGAAGUGGUUGACUGUACUGUGGGAGAGUAGAAGGCUUAGUCAUGCCCUAUGUGUUUCUCCUGUCAAUGAGGCGUUCAUCCUGAACUCAUUUUAUGGAUUUAGUGAACUUUCGAAUAUUGAAUCCUGGAUACGCUAUCUUCAGGGAAACCAAUCAUCAUUAAUAGGGUUUCAACAUAAUUUCUCUUUUUUGUUUGCAAGCUGUCAUUGGAAUUCUUGCAGUCAUGGUAGCUCUUUUCAAACCGACAUCACUGUUGAUGAAGUUAAAAAAGCUGCCCUUGAACUGACCUCAAAUGUUCCUGUUCCAAGUCAUUCCGCUUUUAUUGCUGGGUAUCUUUACUAUGAUUUAAGCCAAAGAUUCAUUGCAACUGGGCAUUUAAUGGAGGCUCUUUCAUUCGCAAAAGAAGCUCAUAGAUUACGCACCAAACUCUUCCAUGGGAAGUUUACGCAAAAUGUUCAGAAGCAGAUUGAAGAGCACAAUAUCACGACUGAUUUCACAAAGAAUCUUAGGGAUGGUGUGGAGAAAAUUGGAGUGAAGAUAUCAGUUGCCAGGGAAAUUUUGCUGUUUGAUUCUAUAUCAUGGGACCUAAAAGAUAACUAUCUUAGUCCGUGGAAAAUUCUGCAGUGUUAUCUUGAGAGCACUCUUCAGGUAGGAAUCAUCCAUGAAGUGAUUGGAGACGGAACUGAGGCUGAAACCUACAUAAGAUGGGGGAAAGCCAUAUCCUGUUCACUGCAGCUGCCAUUGUUUACAGUUUCUUUUUCCUCCCUCUUAGGAAAACUGUAUGUCAAGAAAAGACUCUGGGAUUUAGCAGAAGAUGAACUUCAAUGUGCUGAGCAUAUUUUAAAGGACAGCAGUACACCAUUUUGUUGCUCGAAGUGUAAAUUAGCACUCGAAGCUACUCUGUAUGAGUAUCUUGGAGACUUGUGUCAAAGUAAAUUUAGCACUUGUAAAAGGGUUAUUUCUGACGAGACUGCAAAAAGUUGGUACACAUCAGCUCUGGAUAAAUUAAACCUUUUUGAAUGGAAAAACUCUCUUAGCUGUCCUGAUGAUUGCAGUGAUGGAACUGCAACAGAUGUCAAAUGUGCUACCGGGAAGACUUGUACUUGCUUUAUCAUAAAAGAAACUGGUGAAAAUGAAAUAAGAUCCAUGAAAGCGGGGCCAGAAACCAAGAUGGGAGCCAAACAUAAUAGAAAGACUAAAAAUGUAGCAAAGGUUUUACCGAAGGAUUCAAACGUAAUAGUUGAGAAUAAACCAAGGUUAACUCGUUCUAGAUAUCGUUCUUCACAGAACCAACAUACAAGCACUUCCAGCAAGUCGGAAUUCAAUGAAAUCGUGGGGGGGGAUCAGGUUUCUGCUCCGUCUGAAAUGCUGAGUCAGAAGGAACCCGUUUUGAGCGAGAUAGGUUGCAGCAUUUCUUCAAGUGGUCCUAUAACAUGUGUUUUGUCCAAAAUGAGGUGUUGGCAAUGUCUUCCAUCUGAAGUAUUGAAAUCUGGGUUACUAGAUAAUUUUAUUAAUCUUAAAUGGGAGUUCGUUCGAAGGAAACUUUCAAUGAAGCUACUCACUCGAUUAGUGAAAUGCUCUGCAUGUCCUGGUCAAAUUGAUGAAACAUGUAAAAUUCUUCAAAGGAGCAUAUCGGUUCUGGUCAGCAGAAACCCAUUCCGCGACUUUUCUAUCCCUCUAGAUUGUUUUCACCAUUCGGUUGCAAAGGAGAUCCCAGGAGAUGUAUUUACUAUUGAACGUGCAGAAAUAAUUCAUGACAUCUGUUGGUAUUCUUUGAAGCACUAUCAUUCCAACUUAAUGAGGAAUAUUUUUUGUAAUCUACCUUCCAUCAAGUUUGAAGACCUGGCUUCUUGGCUGAUGGUAGCCUUUGUACUCUCUCGAGAGGUUCCUGUAGUUUUUCAAAAGGUGUCUAAAUUACUUGCUGUGAUGAAUGUAGUUUCUGCCAUAAGUGACCAAUUUUCUCUACCAUCUCUUAGCGACGCUAUCGGUGAAAACUAUUGGGCUUCAUAUUUCCACCAAGCUUCCAUUGGAACUCAUCUUACUUACCAGUUCCUUUCACAUUUAACUGGGAGAUGCAAGGGUCCAUAUGGCACUGGAUCUUCGGACAUCAAAGAAGGCACAUUCGACUCACUUAGGCUUGUGCCUGAUGCCACAGUAGAUCUUGCAGAAUAUGUGAAAAGAUUUUUGGCUGGUCUUCCGUCUACAACAAUCAUCUGUAUAAGUUUGCUCGGAUGUGAUUAUACUAGUUUACUGCAGGAAUUGUUGCCUUAUCCUAAGCGUGUUCAAGCAUGGAUGCUGGUAUCACGACUGAGUUUUAAGAAUGAACCUGUUGUGAUGUUACUUCCACUGGAUUCUAUUUCCCAAGAUGAGGAUGAUCCAAGUACAGGUUCAAAAAAUUCUCCCAAGUGUGAGAAACCUAGAGAAGACUGGCAUUGCCCUUGGGGCUUUACAUUGGUUGAUGAUAUUGCUCCAGGCUUCAAAGCAAUUUUGGAAGAGAACUAUGCAUCAACGACAUCUCCCUUGGAAGAUACAACAGAGAAUAGAAUGUUAUGGUGGAACCGAAGAAAGAACCUUGAUCACCGUCUUGAUGAAUUGCUGAGGAACCUUGAAGAUUCGUGGUUUAGUUCAUGGAAAUGCUUGCUUCUUGGAGAAUGGCUUAACUACAAAAAAAUUGACUCAGUGCUUAAGAAUCUUGUAAAGGAUUUAAGAUCUAAAUGUAAAUUGGAUGUAGAUGAGGGUCUUCUUAAACUAAUUCUUGAAGGCUCCAAGUAUAUUUGUGAAGGAAAAACAUUGGUUUCAUCGUUAUGCUCAAAGAAAGACAGCUAUAUUGCUAAGGUAGGCUAUUGUGAUGAAGCCAGGAGUGGGAUGUUAUUAAAUGCAGCCAAUGGAUUUGGAAUGUUCUCUGAGGUUGCUUUUCAACUAUUAAAUGAAGCAAUAAAUAUGCUGGAAGUGGAUGACUCUAUGAAUAGAGAGCCUAUAAUUCUUGUGCUGGAUUAUGAGGUGCAGAUGCUUCCUUGGGAAAAUUUGCCCAUACUAAGGAACCAGGAGGUUUAUCGCAUGCCUUCAGUUAGCAGCAUCUCUGCUCUUCUUGAUAAAGGCUGCAACCAUGAGGAACUAGGGGAAAGGAGUUUAGUACCCUUUCCUUCAAUAGAUCCACUAGAUGCUUUUUAUUUAUUAAAUCCAGAUGGUGAUCUUGGCGGCACUCAAAUUCAGUUUGAGGAUUAUUUUAGAGGUCAAAACCUGGAGGGAAAGGCAGGUUCUAAGCCCACUGUCGAAGAAUUGGCUUCAGCAUUGAAAAGUCAUGACCUUUUUAUAUAUUUUGGGCAUGGAAGUGGCGCACAGUACAUUCCCAGGCAUGAGAUUCAGAAACUAGAGAGAUGUGCUGCUACGCUUCUGAUGGGGUGCAGUAGUGGUUCGUUGACAUUACAUGGGAGCUAUGCACCGCAAGGUAUUCCCCUGUCAUAUCUGCUGGCUGGUUCUCCAGCCAUAGUUGCCAAUCUGUGGGAAGUGACAGACAAGGAUAUUGAUCGAUUUGGUAAGGCUAUGUUUGAUGCCUGGUUGGAAGAAAGAUCUUAUCUUCCAGUAGAAUGCAUGCAAUGCAACUUAUUAUCAGAAGAAUUUGAGGCCAUGAACUUGAAGGGUGGUAAGGGUAGACCUAAGAGGAAAGUUCCAAGGAAGAAAGUGCAAGAGUUGGCUGCUGAGAGUGAUUCGCCUAAAAUCUGUGGUCACAGACGCAAAAUUGGAGCUUUCAUGGGCCAGGCACGUGAAGUUUGCACCCUUCCUUACUUGACAGGGGCAUCUCCAGUUUGUUAUGGUGUUCCUACUGGAAUUUGGAGGAAGAAGAAUAUUUAGCCUUACCACCCCUCUACAUCCCACUGAAUGUUUAUGAAAGAAGGAGCAUUGAGUCAUCUAUGAAGAUUUGCUAUGUGGGUGUUGAACUAAAAUCAACAAGUACACCUUCGCUACGUGGCUUGAUCCCAACUGACCGAGUCAACUUACUACACAAUAACUAACUUCUAACUGUCCAAUAGAAUGGACCCCAGGCAUAUGGGAGCAUACAUACUUUGAGACUUCAUUCUCCCCAAGAAGCAAGUUAGAAUCUUGCAUGGGGUGUCUGUUAUUUAAUUAGAUGACUUUAGUGUAAGCUUUCUGUAAUGAUAAAGGCAGUUGGAAUCACAGAAGCUGGCUUCACACUUACUGGGGCAAUCCUUGUCAUGAGAAGAGCAUGGUGGGGGGUAUUCAAUAUAAAUUGAUAAACUGAUUAUAUAGUUACACAAAUGGAUAUUCCAUCCAAUGUAUAAUUCUUCUUUGAUAACAUUUCUAGACACAAUUGACAGAGUGCAAUUACAGUGCAAUCCGAGUUAAACAGAUAAUGUAACAUUAGUUUGUCAAAAAGGUUGUUUUCUUACUUUUUAAAUUUCAAAUGUAUCUCUUCCUCUUGUAAAAAAAAGAAUCAAAUGUAUCUCAUUUUAAUUUACCUUUUCAUAUUCAAGUCAAGAUUA